GGGCCGGGAGGCUGCGCCCACCCUGCGGCGGCGGCUGUCGGGCGAGCCAUGGGCACGGUGCCGUCCGCGCUGAAGCACUGCCUCAGCUACCAGCACCUCCUCAAGGAGCAGCUGUGGAUCGCGGAGCCGCCUGCGGCCGCGCACCUCGCGCAGGAACCUCAAGCAUCUGGACUGCCUGAGUACAUAAAGAUUGUAGAAGUUGGGCCAAGGGAUGGAUUGCAAAAUGAGAAGGUGAUAGUCCCAACUGAUAUAAAAAUUGAGUUAAUCAACCAGCUUUCCAAAACAGGCCUGCCUGCAAUAGAAGUGACCAGUUUUGUUUCAUCCAAAUGGGUGCCUCAGAUGGCAGAUCACAAAGAAGUAAUGAGGGGCAUUGAACGGCAUCCUGGAGUCCAGUAUCCUGUUCUCACACCUAAUCUUCAAGGUUUUCAUUCUGCUAUUGCAGCAGGAGCUACAGAAGUCUCGGUAUUUGGCGCAGCAUCUGAAUCUUUCAGCAAAAUGAAUAUUAAUUGUUCAAUUGAAGAAAGCAUAGAAAGGUUUGAAGAAGUCACUAAAUCUGCAAGGAAUAUGAAUAUUCCAGUGCGUGGGUAUGUGUCCUGUGCCUUGGGAUGCCCAUAUGAAGGAAACGUUGUACCAGAUAAAGUGGUAGAAGUAUCUAAGCGGCUGUACAGUAUGGGCUGUUAUGAAAUCUCUCUGGGAGAUACAAUUGGUGUGGGGACACCUGGAAGUAUGAAAAAGAUGCUGGAAGCUGUUAUGAAAGAAAUUCCUUUGAGUGCUCUUGCUGUUCACUGUCAUGACACGUAUGGCCAGGCGUUAGCCAAUAUCCUUACAGCCGUGCAGAUGGGAGUUGCUGUAGUGGAUUCAUCUGUUGCAGGACUUGGUGGUUGUCCCUAUGCAAAAGGUGCUACUGGAAAUGUAGCCACAGAGGAUGUGAUAUACAUGCUGAAUGGUCUGGGGAUCAACACAGGAGUAAAUCUUUGUGCCGUGAUGGAAGCUGGAAACUUCAUCUGCACAGCUUUGAACAAGAAAACAAACUCAAAGGUUGCACAAGCUUCCUUCAGUACUGGAACUAUCAAUUAAAUGGAUUUUUCUUUUUGCAGCUUGAUUACAUUUUCCGAUUACCUUGACCAAGGACAUUUGCUUUAGGAAAAGAAACAAGGAAACCAUUGCAUCAAAGAAACAAAAUAGAACCCAUACAUAAUUUUUUUUAAUGGGAACAGUUAUUGUACUGUACUGUCUUGUCAGGAAUUGUCUGAUUUGUAAGUAAGAAAUAAACGACUGUAGUACAGAACCCUGUACUUUGUACGUCUACGGAUGAGGAAAAUGUAUAAACACCAGGACAUUCUCCCAUGUCUUAAAUUGAAUUUUUAGUUCUUUUCAGGAAAACUGGGGAGAAAAAGUGAGUACAUAGUUAAUUUUUAAUCAAGAUGUCUUUCAGAAGAGUACAAAUAUUUUCAGUAGUUUAUGAGAUCUCACACUGUGUGUGGCCAUUCUAUUAUGUAUUUUAUUUAUCUGAAUUCUAGCUUUUCAUUUGUCAAGUCACUGUGUUAUGAACACAGAGCCAAAUCUGAAUUCACUGUAAGAAUUUUUUUAGCAAUAGAACUUAUUUUAAAUUUUGUUUAACAUCUGCUAAAUUAUGGAUGACUUUAUCUUGUUCCAAGACAUUGUGGCGAAUGGCACUCUGCCAGAUCCUUCCAAUCCUCCAGCAAAUUUCCUUAUUUGUUACAUAUGUUAAAUUUGUUGUAGUUGCAUUUUUUUCAUCAACUUAUUAAAACCUAAUUAUAUGAAGCAAAUAAAAAUUGGCAAGGUUUUUAGGAUAAUAGCAUUUUGCUGGACUAACUUACCCAAAGGAGACCACUUAGAAUUUUUUUUUUGUGCUCUAUUGAUAAUGAUACUGUUCUUUUAAAUGCCUUAGUUCAAGAUGCCAAUGAACUGCACUGUUCAAUAAUCAAUAGAUUAGAUCAAUAAUGAACAAAAAGAGCCUUAUCCUAUAUACAAAUAUUCAAGUGUGCCAUGAAAAUACUGUCAUGUUUUUCAUCCUGAAACUUCACUACUCUUGCUGGUUGGUUGUGUAGGACCUGUCUGUACUUCCCUGUGUACUUAAUUUGAUCUAUAUUUUUUCUGAACAUGGCCUGUUGACAUGAAAAUCUAAAACGCUGGACUGUGGUCUUCAUCCAUAUUCUCAAUUUUACUCAAGAUGAAAGAAAGUGGAAGAUAACACAUAAAAAAAGAAAAGGCUGAAUAAUUUUUUGUCUGGAACUCAAGUCUGCCAAGUUACAGCUGAGUCAUGGUUUGACUUUGAAAUACCAAAGUGAAUUUUUCUGAGAUCUUUAAGCCAGUUGUGUACUUUAGAAUUGGCAUCAUUUAAGAAAGCUAGUUUUUGCAUUCCAGGCAACACAAAGCUAUAAAUUUGUUAUAAUACAACUAUUCUGUUUAUGCCACAAUGAUAGUCAAAAUUAUUAUAAGCUACUUUGUUUCACUCUUCUCUUGGUAAAAGUCAAAGGAAAAAAAAAGAAAUGUGUUCAGGUGAGCCAAGAAAUAUCUUGCCUAUCAUUCCAAAAUACUAAAUCUUUCCUGCAGAGUCUAGUAAGAAGACUUUCAAGUACUCCUAAAGCUAUGAACACCCUGAUUUUCUUGACCUGCCCUGGAUGCAUGGUUGGAUCACCACAAAAAAGCUCUUUUUGCUUUUUCCCCAUGUUUCAGCUGAGGCUUUGCUAUUUAGCAGCCACUCUAGCUCAUAUAUCAAAACAUGAACUUAAAUAAAACCAGGUCUUGAACCAUUCACAGACUUAAAAAUUCUGUAAUGAAUUAGACCCAAUGAAGAGGUAAGGAAACUGCAGCAGUACAGUUAAGCCUAAAUGUGAUGCCAGAACUGACAUCUUAAAAACUCCUUAAUUUAUGUGCCAUUUACCCCUGAAGGUGACUAACCUUACUGUAAUACUUUCCUAUUUAAUAAUAUUUUUUCCUGUUUAGUUUUCUCUUUAGGCACAGAAUUGGCUCAUUUUGAGCUGAAGUAUGUAGUUUUCAUGUAGGUCCUGAUGAAUUUUCUUCCACCCAAGACCCUCUGAGCAAGCAUGUUUAAUUAACAUAAUAUUGAGCUUCUCAAAGAUUGAAAGUGAAGUCAGCCCUUGAAAAAAAAGCAGUUGUGAUGCAAACCUGAAUGUGAUACCAAACAACUGAACUGAGACUGAUCUUGCUGCUCAGCCCGGGGAGAUUAAAUACACACCCCUGACAGGACCCAAGGGAAUGGCCUGAAGUUCUGUCAGGGGAGGUUUAGGUUGGAUAUUAGAAAAAUAUUCUCCACCCAGAGAGUGAUUGGGCACUGGAACAGCUCCCUGGGGCUGUGGUCACAGCACCAGCCUGACAGAGUUGGAGAAGUGUUUGGACAAUGCUCUCAGGUACAUGGGGUGAGCCAUGGGGGAGGGUGCUCUGCGAGGUCCAGGAGCUGGACUUGAUGAUCCUUGUGGCUCCCUUCCAACUCAGCUUAUCCUGUGAUUAUAAACUUAAAAAGCACACACUUUCUCAUAAAUCUGGAUUAAUUUGUGCCACUGGGUAGACUGGAAUUAAAAAUUCCUAAGCCCAGAAAAAUCACAAGAAAAGAAUGUCAGUGCCUCUGCAACAGAUGGCAGGGUUCUUUUUCUUGAAGGUGAUAGUGAGGCCUUCAAUUAUCAGCCAAGUAAGGAGCAGAACUGAUAGUGUCCAUUUUUAUGCCUCUGUGCACAGUGCAUCCUAGGCUUCUCAGCAUCUGGACUGUCUGGUUUGCAGACAGUUGGCUCUUGAUUCAAGGCUCUUGAUUCUCCCUAUGCAGUGGAGCAGGGUACCUAUUAAAUCAUGUAGAUGAACAACUGAAAAUGUCUCAGUUCUUUAUUGGGUCUGUUUUAGAAACUACUUGGAAACUUGUGGAGAGCCUUAAUUGCAGGUCUGUUAUUCUGUAAUGAUGUGAGCAUUGGAAAAGAUGAGCAGUCACAUCUGGAGCCUGUACUUUACCCACAUGUUCAGCUUCAACCACAUCAUGAGUUAUUGUAAUCCAGGGUGGAGGUCACAGACAAAUAGAUUGUUUGUCAGGAUUGUUAUGAGAGAAAGAAACUCAGAGCCAGAAUAAAAAAAAGCAAACCCCAACCCAGUGUUUAUGUGCCAAAAUUGCCACCUGGGAUGAAUUUAGGUUGGUGGGUCCAGGUGAGUAGUCCCUAUAAAAUCCUUGUUUAGUUGUAGUAUGACUGAGAAUCUUGAGACAUCUUAUGUUCUGCCUACUGACAUUUUUUAGGUUUGUAAAAUGCUGCUGCUCUGCUUUCCUGGGCUGGCAUAAUUUUGACUAUGCAGAACAUUUUGACACCUAAUCUCUGGCUUCAAAAUAUAAGCAUCUAUUGCUUUUAAUAGCAAAGGCUAAUCCAAUAGUCAUGCCAUGAGUGUGCACCACUCACAUAGGCAGCACUGAAUUCAGCUCAUGGUAAAACAGCUGUGACUAUACCCCUUGAAAAACAUGCCAAGACAUGGAAUGAGGCUCUCCAGUGCUUCUGACUUCCUAAACCUUUAUGCUUAUAUUCAGAGUGACCUAUCACUAGUGGGUGACCCAUCACUCUUUUAGCCCCUUGCUGAAUGCAUUGCUGUCACUUCACCGUGAAGUAGCCCCCUGGCUGUGGAGGGCUUGCAUCCAGGUGUUUGGCUUCCAUGAGCAGGUGUUCUUAUCACUGUGUCAUUAUAAAAAUUUCAAGUCAAGAUAUUACAUUGUUGAAGGCAUGACUGGUGUGCUUUGUUGGAGGAGAAAGUUGAUCAGUUCCAGUAGUAUGGGCAUAAUCAUUCUCCAGUGCCUUCCAGAACACAGCAAUGACAUAGAUCCCAUACAGUUCUAAUGUCUUCCAGCAGCAGCUUGCUUUGUAGUUUAAACUUUUAUGUAUUAGGGCAACUUGGCUCUGGACCAGCACUUUAAUGGCUCAUUUUUGUGUAUAACCAGAGCUUAUGAAAUAAGAACUGAAUAUUCUAGUGUUGUGAAUAAGUCAAGAGAGGCUUUGGCUAAUUUUCCUCUCUUAAUAGUGUCAUUUGAGUUCAUAAAACUUUUAUUAUUGUAUUAAGGAGUCACAAAAUGAAGACUACAAGUCUGUGAGAUAAAAUUCUUAUGUUUGGGAUCAGUGUUGUUGAAAUGAAAUAAUGCUUAACCAAAGAGUUAGUGUGAAUGUAUAAGAUCUGCCCAUUUUUUUCACUGAAUUUGUUUUAAAAGGUAGAAAUAUUGCUUAGUUACUGUGAUAUCAGAAAAUCUGUACUUUCUGCCACUGAAUAUUUCUAUGAUUUCUGACACUGCCUUCCGUUCUCUUCACUGAUUGUGAAGUAUCUAGAAAAGUGGCUAAACAGGUAUGAGAGUGGCAAGAAGUAGAUGAAUUCCAGUUCUUGACGUGCUGAUCAAAAUGAAUCAGCUUUCCUUUUGUUAUAUUUUUGAAGAUUAUUUUUCACUACAGCCCUGCUGUAAUGCAGUGUUGAUCUUCAUUGCUGCAAUAACAGAGCAGGCAGAAGGACUGCAGCCAAAGUCAACUUAGUCCUUUGAGACCUAUGUCAAAGAGAUGAUGUGUUUGUCAAGGAAUUGUCAUGUAUCCCCCUGGUUAAGUGAAUUUGUGAUUUUGCAAUAUGUGGUGUUAGAGCUGAAAUAAAAUCUGUCUCUCUGUUUAUGGAAA